AAUUUAGAGGCGCGGGUUUCUAGUGGCAGGGCAGUGCCGGACCGCCAUUUUGUCUUGUGGCGCAGUCUUUAUGUCUGCAUUCGGUCGGUAAUGUGACAUUUUCGCGCCAUUGUUCGGCCUGUUGACCGACUUGUACAGCAUCUUCGGCGAGUGUGCAACUUUCAGGUUCCUUUGAUGGCGGGAAUUAAGAGCAGUUUUGUGGAGUGAGCAGGAGAAGGUAUUCACCCUCCCGGGAAGGUCAUACGAUCAGUGCGGGAUGGAACAGAGAGAGGCAUUGUUUCCCAUGGCGGCCAACGUGGGUGAAACGGCGGAGGAAUGCUCGCACGAGUUGCCCGUGGAGGAGGAAAAUGGCAGUGAGACAUCAUCCAAUGCAAGCUCCUCAUCCCUGAACUCCUCCAGCACUGAUGGCAGCGAACACGACAACGAUGGCGGCGAGCCGCACGGAAUGCGGGAAUUCUCCAUCAAGGAGACAAAUUUUGAGCAAGGGCAGUUAAAACUGAAACUGCAGACCAAACGUGUGACAAAACCGCCCAAGAAUCUGGAAAAUUACGUGUGCCGCCCCUCCAUAAAAAUCACUAUCAAACCUGCUCACUCCAACAAGAAGGCUGCAUGCCAUGAACAACCGCCGUCGGAUGCGGAUAAAACGCCCGAGAAACAGGAUCCUGCCAGUCGUAAGCAGAAUCGCCCCAGGAAAACGAGAGGAACAAAGCAGGGUCCAGGCGAGGGUUCAGGAAUGCAGAGCACUGCAACAAGCAACGGGGAUGACCAAGCUGGCGCCGUAAAGAUGCAUUCCGAUCAGGUUUCGGCGCCGCCACCGGAGUAUGACCCGCCCGCCAACGGUUUCGCCGAUUGUGCGGAGAAACAGCCACUUUCUAGUUUGGAAUUAUUGGGGGCCGACUGUGAUGGAGGUGGGGAGCACGGCAACAAUGAUUCUGACGGAGAAAAUGGCGACGGUGGCUCGGAGUCCACACAGGACAGCGGUAUCGAUCAAGGCGUGUCGCCGGAAUGCCCGCUAUCUGCAGGGAACGGAGACUCGGGCGUGGAGGAACACGGGGAGGCCGUGGGAAGUGUUGAAACUGUUCAGCUGGAAACCGGUAGAACGAGAGAAGAAGGGCAGGAGGACUACACCGAGAUGACGCAUCAUGCGGAGGCCGUGGAGCUAAACGCUGACAUCAUCAACAAUGGCUUCCAUAGUGAGGCGUACGCCGCCACCAUGUCGGAAUCCGGGGAAGAAGUCACGGUUUCUGCCAUCGAAGCUCUUGCAGAGCAGGAGGUUUCUAUGGGAGAUGUUGCAGGAAGUAUUGCUCGCCGUGAGGCUCCGUCAGCAGAGGCACCUGAAACUGAUGGUGAACAAAAUUUGACAUCUGAUGAGGUGGAAAUGUUGCCAGACAGGGAAAACUCUCAUGCAGAAGAAGGUACACCAAUGCUUGCGGAAAGCGAGGGCGGUCCUCCGAGUGUCCCCAUUCCCAUUGAAACAGAUACUGUUGUGGAAAUUGCGAGCGAGGUGGUUCUAGAACCUUCUCCUGACGUGGACACGGGUGGGGCUCUGACAGACACUCGCUUUGGGUACAGCUCGUAUGCACAUAACUUCGGGGAGGACGCUGUGGUCGAUAAAGUCUCAGAAGUUGCUAGUGGAGCAACAACGCCAGAUGACGAAAAUAUGUCUGUAUCUGAAAAAAGGAAAAAAGAAACCCAGGGGUCCUCGGUAGUGCAGUUGAAGGCUGCCAUUGCACCACAAGCGAAAACCUCACCCGAGACAAACCCAGGUCUCAAAGUCAAACCACCAAAAGCCAACAACAGGAGCAGGAAGAAAUCGGAAGCAACAAAAUCAGUAUCACAAGUCAGUAGUAGAUCUGCAUCUAGAACGUCUGCAAGGACAUCAUCUAGGAGACAAAAUUCUGGUAAAUCUGGAAAAGAAGCUAAAGCUAUAGAAAAAGAGGCAAAGCCUACAGCAAAAGAUGCAAAGUCUGCACCAAAAGAUGCUAAGUCUACUUCAAAAGAUUGUAAAUCUCAGGCAAAAGACCCAAAGUCUGUGUCAAAAGAUUCAAAGAGUAAGGAUGCAAAGGUGGUAUCCAAGGAUGCCUCAGCAGUUUGUAAAGACCUUAAGUCCAAUACACCAGCAGAUGAAUCCAAUGAAGUGAAAACUAAUGAUAAGAUAGAGUCUGUAAUGCCAAGUAAGCAGGAUGAGGACACAGCAGACCAGGAAAUUAACAGUGAAACAUCAAAGAGUAAGAGGAAAGGGCUUAAAGCCACAACAGUCAAGGGAAAAGCAGGCAGACUAAGUAGUUCUCGUUCAAGACCCAGGAAAGCAGUAGAUUCCAAGCUGCCAGUAAGCCCAUCCAAGUCAAAGGAGGAAACAAAAUCUCUGUCAGUGCAUUCUGAAGAUAGGACUUCAUCAAAACAACAGGACUCCAGGUCCCCAAAGAAAAGAAAAAACUCCUCAGUGCCCAAGCCUGAUGAGACCCAUACUACAUCAAGCUCUUUGAGCCCAGAGCCAAACCUUAUCUCAAAGGAAAGUCCCAGUGCAGACUUGUCACCCCCUUCUUUACAGCUUUCUGUUCCAGACAAACAACGUAGGAAACCCAGAAAGCAAAAUGUUGUUGGUGUGAAGAGUAGACCUAAAAAGCAGAAGGAAUGUCAUAAGAAAGAACCAGCAAAAGCUAACAAGGCAAAGGCCUUGGAAAGAAGGCAAGGGAAACCCAGGAAAAGUAAGAAAGAUGAAGCAAAAUAUACUUUACCUGAACUUCUACCCCAGGAAACGGUUAGCAAGGAUUUAUCCGACAAUUCUUUGUCCACUUCGCAGGCAGCUGAAAAAAUCCCGUCUCAAGAAGUUGUGAAACCUAGGACGAGGUGCUCACCCAAGAAGCAGAAAGUGGCAACUGAGUCGGUCAGUGUUACAGGAAAUGUUCCAUCAGGUGCUACAGAUGCACCCAAAGAUGACAAUAAGGAGAAAAAUGGAAAAAAGAAGGAAAAGCAUUUCGAUUCACAAGAGGUGUCUCCAGCAGUUUCACAACCAAACAAUUCAGCAAUGGAACCCGACAUAGCUAAGUCUCAAGAUGAUGUACCCACUCCAAAGGAGACUUGUUCACCCAGUAGAAGGUCAAGAAGAAAAAGUCCCAAGGAAGAAGGUAAGAAGGCAAUAAAAGAAACAAAAAGGAAAUCUAUGGGAACUAUUGUGAUAAAACCAUCCCCCGCAAGGAAGCAAGAGGAAGCGAAGGAAACUGCUGUCUCAAAAGAUGCCCCACCCUCACUAGAGCCGGAGCCAUCAGUUUUAAGUCUGCAUAGAGGGGAUAACUCUACAGAUAAUGAACUACCAAAGCUCACAGAGUCAUUUCCUAUAAAAACAGACAGGAGAUUGAACAAAAGGGAUGUAGGAUCACUCAAAGGGAAGCCGGGUAGGCCAAGAAAGAAACGGGUGCCUGAUUUAGAGUCACCGCCAGUCCUAACACCAGAGGUCAUUCUAGAGGGGAAAACAGAAGAGACUCCGUCACCCAUCAGUGACUUGUCAACACAGACCACCAAUGAUGACUGUAUGUUGAGUGACAGUGGCAUUGGAACUGACAACAGUACCUCUGACAAGGAGAGAAACAAAAAUGACAAGAAAAGGAAAAGUAAAGAUGUUGAUGACUCCAAAACUCAGGCAACUAUGGAGGAAAACAAGAAAGAGAAACACAAACGGAAACACAAGCCAAAGGUUCUACAGGAGGAACCAGGGUUGGACAGGUUAAAAAAACACAAGAAGAGAGUAAAGAAAAAGCACAUUCGAGGGAGAGAACGAAAUAUCGUUGAUCCUGUUUUCCUUACCCAAAUGGAUGAGGUCAUUGACCUUGUACAUGAACUAAGAAUCUCCCCCACCCAACCACAAUAUAUCCCUGGAAAUGCAUCCUUGGGAUCUGUGUUACCUAUCUGUCCGCUUCCUACCAUUUUUAGGUUGGACUUCAACCGUGUAUUGAAGGCAAAACACAAACACGGCAAGGCGAAGAGAAUCAAGAGAUUGAAACUUCCCAAGGGAAAACCUGGUAGACCAAAGAAGAACAAGAUGAAGAGCAGUCCAGAGAAAGGCGACAACAGCGUCACGCCAACAUCAGCAACAUCAGCCUCUCCUUCAUCUGAAUGUCUCGAACCUGUUCAAAGCACCAGCACAGAUAAAACUACCAAAGGUAGACCAAGAAGAAAGCCAAAGAACCUUUCAGUUACGGCAGCAGUUGAUGAAAGGGCUGUUAGGGGACAACAAACAAGAAAAGGGCAACAAUCCGCAGAAGUUCAUAACCAGCCUGAUUUGACCACUGCAGACUCAGUUCAGGAUUCCAUUGAAGAAUGUAUCAGGAAAAUAUCUGGUACAGAAGACAUGGCUAUGAAUAAAAGUGAGCAGAAUGCACAUGGAAGUAGUUUGGAGAACACAGCUGUUGACACUAUGACUGCUGCAAUAGAAGCUUGCAUUGGCUCGGGAACAAAGGCAAAGCCAGGACGUAGGAAGAAGGUUGAAAAAGAGGUUCCUGGCAAUGAUGUACCAGCAGAAGAUGCAGACAAGCCAAAAGCAAGAGCAAAAGUGUCCAGAGUGUCUAGUAGGAAGUCUAUAGCAAGAGAUCACGUAAGCAAUGAAAAUGAAAACAGUACACCGAUACAGACGGAAAGUACUGAAACUGUUCCUACCACAGAGCUUGUUCCAUGUUCGAAGUUAGACACGAGUCAAACAGUGCCAUCUGUUCAAGAGACAAGAAAGGCAGGGAAAGGUAAGAGAACACGACCAGCGGAGGAAACGAUGCCCAUUAAGAAACGACGGGGAAAGAUGAUGUCAAUUUCAGGUGUUACCUCCAGUCUUGCACUUCCAGAAACACCGUCCCAGUCUUCCAGUGUUGUAGAAGAUGUGUUGAAUCCCCCCUCCCCUCCACGGGAACAAACGAUGGUAACACACGACGGGUUACAGAGACGGCUGCCUCGGACGUUCUUGCACAAACCUCUGGUUACCAAAAGCCACCAGGUGGACCAGGCCAGCAAGAUACUCAAGAGGGCCAAGAUGCAGGCUGUCAAGGUGCCAAAACCAGUCAGGAGACCUGGUCGGCCCCGGAAACGACCUCCCUCACCAGACCCCGAACCAGACGCUUCUGCUGACGUUACGAAAGACCAGGAUGAGGACCAGAGUGUUCACUUCGACCAUGACGAGAGAACAUUACCAACGCAGAGUGAUAUUGACACGUAUAUGGAAACAAUCGAGGCUGUGGUAGCAGAAGCCUCCAAGUCGGACAGUCUGAACACGACCGGAAGAGCAGAGCCCAAAAGGAAGCGUGAAGCUAGUAUUUCUCCCAGGAAGAGAAGAAAGUCUGCUGGUCCCCAAGAGGAACCUCCUGAACCUGCACCUUCAUCUGUUACACAGCCUUACAUACACACUAGGUCUGGUAAAAGGGAUGCACUAGUUCAGCCACAACUGACUGUCAGUGCAGCAGCGCCCAGUAACCAGUCCGAAUCCAGCCCCACAGAGGAGAAGAAAGAGACACCUGCAGCUGCUGUUGUCGUUGAAGGGGUGAAGAAGAAGCGACGAGACCCUCACGAGCCUCGGAAGAAGUACAUCAAGGCUGGCCUCUUCUCGGACUACUUCAAGGUUGACCCCAUUAUGUGCAGAGUGGUCAGUUUAGGCAAGGGAAGGCUUGAUGACAGUCCUGCUGGCACUGACUCAGGGCCCAAACGACAGAAGAAUGGCAUGACCAAGAAGGAGAAGCUGGAGUACGAGCCCAGCAAAUUUGAGUAUGGCCUUCUACCAGCACCCAUCCAUGUCGGAAAGUACCUGAGACAGAAGAGGAUUGAUUUCCAGAUGCCGUAUGACAUCUGGUGGCAGUACAAGCACAACAAGCUCAUCCCCAAGAUAGACGAGAGAACGAAGUACAAGAAAAUCCGAUCAAACAUCUUUGUUGAUGUGAAGCCGCUGUCUGGUUGUGAACCGGUUGUCUGUACGUGUGUCCGGCCUGCACAGGCUGACAAGGCCUGCCAAGAAGACUGUCUCAACAGGAUGAGUUUUAUGGAAUGUUCCCCCAACACCUGCCCAUAUGCGGACCAGUGUGCCAAUCAGAGGAUACAGAGGCAUGAAUGGGACCCGGGACUGGAGAGGAUCGUCACCAAGGACAGAGGCUACGGAGUCAGGAGUAAAACGCCUAUCCCACAGGGAAACUUUAUCCUGGAGUACGUUGGUGAGGUGGUGAGCGAACAGGAGUUCCGUCGGAGGACAGUCGAGAUCUACCACGACCACAACCACCACUACUGCCUCAACCUGCACAGCGGUGCCGUCAUCGACGGCUACAAGUACGGGUGUGAGGGUCGUUUCGUCAACCACAGCUGCGAGCCCAACUGUGAGAUGCAGAAGUGGUCAGUCAACGGGGUGUACAGGAUCGGACUCUUUGCUCUCAGGGACAUCCCGGCAGGGGAGGAGCUGACGUACGACUACAACUUCCACGCUUUCAACAUGGAGAAACAGCAAAUCUGCAAGUGUGGCAGUGCCAAAUGUAGGGGGUUCAUCGGGGGAAAGAACCAACGCUUCAACGGUGCCUUGAACAACAAGCCUGUAGCCAAGAACUCAGGGGCCAAAACAAGAAAGAGCAAAACAAGGCUGAAAAAGAGGGAACAACAUAGCCAGCAGCAGUCACAGGGAGCACAACAGCAGCACCCUACUCCUCAGCACCACCUGCCCAGGUUUGGGGAACCUCCACAAGUCAUCUACAAGUCCUGCCCACAUACCAUCAAACCACUGUCAGCAAGGGAAAGAAAUCUUGUCCAGAAGCACAAGAUGUUCCUCUUACGGAACUGGGAACGAGUGCGUAACACCAAUGAGGCCAUGAAGAAAAAGUCGUCACAGGAGACCAAGUCAGCCAGCACUGCAGUCGGAGGUGCAUACAUUCCAAAAACAGGAAGGGAAAAGCCAUUCCAAGACGUGUUCAUGACGCAGUUCACGGCGUUGAAGACGUCGCGCUCAGUACGGACACGUCGUUUGGCAGCUGCGGAAGAGAACAGUGAAGUGACGAGGACAGCAAGGCUGGCCCAGGUGCUGAAAGACAUCUACAACACUGUCGUCAAUCACAAAGAUACCAAAGGCCAGGCACUUGCAGCUCCCCUAAUGAUCCUUCCCAACAGGAAAAGGAAUUCUGAGUAUUAUUCCAUGAUUCCUGACCCCCUGGACCUCACUACCAUCGAGAACAAGAUCAUGACAGGGAAGUACAAAACAAUGGAUGACUUUGAGGCUAACAUGCAACAAGUCUUCAGGAAUGCUGAGAUCAUCUCGGCCUAUGCAAGUCAAGUUUGUAUGGAGAAUAAGAAAUUCCACGGGAAGAAGUCACCAAUAGGGAAGGACGUGUGUCGACUGAGGAAGGUGUACACCACAGCCAGGAGUGAUGCUUCCAGGCAGCUAGAAGAGAUACUUGGUGAGGUAUCCGGGGAGCCUGACACCACAGAGAUGGUGGAGGAGACUGUGAGGGACCCGGAGAAGGACGAGUCUGACGAUGACAUCAUCCGCUGCAUCUGUGGCAUCUUCAAGGAUGAGGGGCUCAUGAUCCAGUGUGAGAAAUGCAUGGUGUGGCAGCACUGUGACUGUAUGCGGACCACAGAUGACGUGGAGCACUACCUGUGUGAGGAGUGUGACCCUCGGCAGGUGGACAGGGAAGUUCCCAUGGUGCCACAGCCUCCGUACGCUAACCGUGGCUGCACGUACUACCUGACUCUGCUCAGGGAUGACCUGUUGGUCAGACAAGGGGACUGUGUGUACCUGAUGCGUGACCAGUCCCAGCGGCGCAGUGUUGAUGGGAAGUCAGUCCGCACGUCGUACCGCCUGCUCUCCAACAUCAGCCCCGACAAGCUGGACGUCUUCCGGGUGGAAAAGCUGUGGAAGAAUGAAAAAAGUGAGAGGUUUGCAUUUGGCCACCACUACUUCAGACCUCAUGAAACCCACCAUGCCCCUUCCAGAAAGUUCUUCCCCAAUGAGCUGUUCAGAGUGCCCCUGUACGAGAUCAUCCCACUGGAGGCUGUGGUUGGCCUUUGCUGUGUCAUGGACUUGAAGACGUUUUGUAAGGGCCGCCCCAAGACUGUAAAGGAGCAGGACGUGUAUGUGUGUGACUAUAGACUGGACAGGACAGCCCAUCUUUUCUACAAGACCACAAAAACCAAGUACCCCAUCUGUACCAAACCCUAUGCAUUUGACCACUUUGAGAAGAGGCUGGUGCCCAAGAGAACAUACACACCUCACCAUGUCCCAGAGCACUACAAGAAAACUGGUGGAAGGCCGUACUGGAAGAGUAACCGUCAGGAUGGAAGCUCGGAGACAUCUUCCACGAUGGGUGAUUCCAUCGAUCAGGCCAGCACCUCAGGGCUGGAGGAACCAGUAAUAUCUGACAACAUCAGCCCAAGGUACAUUUUCUCUCUUCUGCAGAAGAGGCACCAAUCUCCUCAGAACCUCACAAGACAAAACAGAGACCGAAGCAAAAGGAGAGGCUCAACAAUGUUCUUCUGAAGCUACUGGCUAAACUUCCUGGGAAACACAAACCUGUAGACGUCAGCUACCUGUUGGAGGAGGGUGCGGGAAAACGGCAACGCAAGAAAACAACGCUAGUGGACUGCUGGUGAUCACUCUCGCACCACUCGUGACCAUCAUCAUAGCAAUUGGCUGUUGCUGUGACAACACAGAUGCACGGCAACACCAAAACAAAGGCAGCUGUAAAGUAUCUGGAAACAUAGUUGUAUAUUGUUACAUGUCCGAAGCAUCGAGUGCCAUGGUAGCUGUAGAAUGGGGCAG